AAUGCAGAGUUGCAAUAAGUUUAGUCUUGUAAGUUGUAAUGAGCAUUUACUAAAAGGUCGAUAGGAGUAAAAGGUCUAUGGGCUUUCGGUGUACCUAUCACAAUAUUCAUAAUCACUAAAUCACUGUCAAUGUAAAUACAAACAGGAUUUUUUUUUUUUUUAAAUUUCAUUUGAUAAUGGUAUCGUGUGAUAUUACGAUAGGAAAGAGAUAAGACAUUGCAUACGCAUCGAGCGAAAUACGCAAAUCAUUUGUGGUAGUGUGUAUUAUUUCCUAUAGUUUGUUAUAUUUUUCAUCUUCAAUCUUUGUCGUUUAAUCAACUCGAGAAAAUGUGUUGAGUUGGUGAAUUGAUAUUCAAUCUUAGUGUUUGGUUAUUAUUUUAAUCAUGGCAAACAGUGACAGUGAUGAUAUUCUGUCUGGAAAUUUUCUAGAACCAGGUGAAUUAUUGGACAGUGAUGAAGAACUCCCGGACAAUAACGGUACCUCGAAUGGAACAAGCCAGCCAAUUCUACUAAAUAGACCCAAAGUAUGUUUAGUUGUUAAUUAAUCAAAUGAAUACAAAUUUGAAAUUGUCUAUUGUACCAGUUGAAUAGAAAUACAUUUCAAACCGCAAGUGUAUCUAAUAGAGAUGAACAAUCUACAUAUUACUCUUCUGACAUCACUGACAAACAAGUUCAAUAUAUUUUAAAUAGGUACGGUAAAAAAAUGCAAUAUAUAGAAUUAGUAAAUAAAAGUUUGUUUUGUAUUACAGUUUGCACAUGAACAAAAACAAUAAAGAUAUUCAUUUAAAUGCUUUACAUUUGCACGGAGUUAUGGGAAUGACUACUAAAGAUAUUAUUGAUUAUUUUGAUCAAUAUGAUCCGAAAUUUUUGGAAUGGGUAUCAAACUCUGAAUGUUAGUUACUUAUUGUUUAAUAAAUGCUUUACUAUUCUAAUUCUAUGCGAACUGUUCAAUUGUAUAGGUAAUGUUGUAUGGUUGGAUGAUAGAAUGCCUACUAGAGCAUUAUUGGACUUGACACGUCCGAUCCGUGAACUAAGACAUAUUGCAUCUGUAAUUGAUGAUGAACUUAAUGAUGAAGAUGGGAUAUUAAAUGAAAAUUCUAAUGACGAUCACAUGGAUCAAGAUGACGUAAGAGUUUAUUAACAUUUUGAAUCUCUACUUUUUUACAUUAUUAUUAAUAUAGUAUAAUAUUAUUUUUAAACUGUAGGUAUUGGUAUCGGAGGAUUAUGUUAGUUGUGUUGGCAAUGAGUUGCCUCCGGGUAUGUGGCGAAAAUCAAUUAAGCCCCACGCAAAAACCAAAUGCAUAUUGAUGAGAUAUAGUACAAUAUAUGACAAACAAGAUUUAACAAAUAAAAAUAUUGAUUCAGAAGAUGGAGGUAACUAUCUUAUAUAAUUAUUUUUAAUGAAGUAUAGAUACAAAUGUAGUGUAACACAAUAGUGUUACACUAUUUAUUUUUUAUGCAAGUUAAUUAAGUUUUUUAGGUGAAGUUAAUCAAAAUUCCUUUAACUUGUGAGUUAUGAUAAAGAUUUAUAAAUAAAUAGUCCAUGAAUUUUGUUACCAAAUUUGUAAUCAUUAUUUUCUACUGAAAUGAAAUGAAUAAUAUUAUUUGUCUUCCAUAUAUUAUAAUGUUUGCUUCGAAUGUACAACAAUAGAAUAAACUAAAAUAUCUAAUUUUAAUACUCAUAAAAAUCUAAUAUAGUUUAUAAAAUUAAAAAUAUAAUUAUUAUAUUUUUUUGACAUUUUAGUAAUUUUAUUUUUAUUUUUUAAUUGUUGAAAAAGUUUAAUACAACUGUCUUUCAUGAUUUAAAAUAUUAAUUUAAAAAAUUUAAUACUAAACAUAUUUGUUGUGAAUUGUAAUGGAUCCUGUAGAACUUCUUGUUUUUCAAUUUAAGUAUAAUCAUAAUAAUAAUGUGUUCAAUAAUCAAUGGACUAAAUAUUUUCCAAUGUAGCAGCAUAUGCACUUAAUGAAAUAAGCGACAUACAAAUUGAUUAUUUUUGUUUUGGACUUUUAAUCUAGACACAGUUGGCUUCAACCAACAUGUAUAUUAUUUCAAUGGAUAAUCAACAAUUUUUAUUAAAUUUGACAGCUUUAUGAUGGCAUUCAUGGCAUCAGGAUUAUUCUUUUUUCAAUCAGAUAUCCUGAUGAUAUUAUCACUCUUCAAAAAAGAAUUUCACUUGGUGUGGUGCAUGUGAUGAAUUGUUUUUUUUUUCAUUCUUAUAAUAUACCAGUUACUUUAUAUUUUUUUUAUAACAACAUGUGAUAAUUCCACUGCAAACACCAAAAAUUAUAUGCCUUUAUUAUUUCAUGACGUUCACUGAUGCAAUCACAGAAAAACUAAAUACACUCGUAAUAUCUGAUUAAAUUAUAAAAAAAACUUAGUGAUAAGAAAAUAAAUUUUAGUUUCUUUUUAUUAGCAUACUAAUUGAGUUAAUCCCUAAAUAAUGUUUUUCGUAGUUUAUUAACAAUAAUUUGAAGUAAUUUCGAUAAUUACUAAAAUUACAAAAAACAUAAAAAAUGAAUAUUUUAAGUUUACUAAAUUUAUAAAGUUCAACCUCUUUAUUUUUCUAUAAUUAAAAUGAUAAACCAUACAGAUUAUUUUUUGUAAAUAAAAACUUUAAAAAAUAGAUUGUAAAGUACAUUCGUCUUAAAUUAUUUAUAAACAUAUAUUAAAUGUAUGUAAAUUAAUUUUAUUAUAGAAUAUGCAUUAUUUUCACAUGAAAGUCGUAAACGAAAGUUUGUACCAAUUAGUAUCAACCAUCCUGAUAUUGGUGAUGAAGUGUUGAAAGGUGAUGUUCGAUGGAAAUUAGCCAAGAAUCCUGGAAUUAAUACGUGGACUGCAGUAGCUAAGACUUGGAGCCAAUAUGAUAAUGCUAUGGAUGCUAAGUGUAUGUAUUUUUAUUAAUUAUAUAUUUCCUAUGUAUUCUAAAAUUCUUAAACAGUCAAUAGGCUGUUUUAUUGUUGAUUGAUGUGAUUGGCAUAUAAUUAAUCCAGGGAUUUUCGAAGUGUGUCACAAAUUAGUUAGUAACAGAACAAAAAACAAAAAUAAACAAUCAUAUAAUAUAAAAUAAAAUAUUAACUGUAAGUUUACUCAUUUAUGUACCAUCAAACCAUUAAAUAUUUUGUAUAACAUUUGGGUACAUUUAUUAUCUAUGAUUAGUGGUCGGCUGUCGACCAGUCAAUAUUGUUUAAAUUAGUAUAGGUACAUUACAAUUUACCUGGUAUUAUCCACCUGAUAAGUUUAUGUUCAUAUAACUACAUGUCUGCACAACUAUUAUAUCAAAAUGCCACGAUACUUGUGUUUUUACUUUUCAUAAAAUUAUGCUUAUAUUGGAAACAAAUCAAGAAACAAACUUUAAGAUGAAAAAUUAAAAGCUUUUCAGUUUUCUGUUUAUCCAAAUAUAUUUAAAAAUAUGUAGUCAUAAAACAUUAUAUAAAGUAAAAUAAAACUACUCUUUCAUUUCACUCAUGUUCAUUUUUAUUUUUUAUUUCUGUAAACAACUUUUCUAUCAGAUUUCUUGUUCAAUACAAAAAAUGAUAAGAGACCUAUUUGUUACUUUUUAAAUUUAUUUGGUGCAUAUGAAAAUCAUUUUUUUAUUUUCCAAAUAGUUUUCAUAAGUAUAGGGGAAAAAAUAAAAAUGUAUACAAAACCUGACAAAUUUAUAAUUGUAAAAAGCUUCAUUUUUUUAUUUUGAUUUUCUACUAAAAAUCUUGCUCAGAAAUUAAGGUGUAGAAUCAUUUUCAUUUUAAAAUUACAUGUAUGUGAUAGAUUAAUAUGGGAAACAGAGACCACUUCAGAAGAGAUCUAGGACCAAGAUGGCAGAACUUUUAUAGUUAAGAAAAUGGAGAAGAGGAAAAUAAAAUAAUUAUUGAGAUUUCAUCAUCUAUAUAUACAGUCUAAACUAUUGACCUAUUAACUAGUAAAAAGUGCCUCCACAUUCCUCUGUCAAUUGGCCAUUAAGAUAAUACAGAGUGAAAGAGAGUUCCAAACUAUGUUUUUUGCCUUAUAUUGUCUUUAUAGCAUAUAAGUUGGAGGGGGGUCAGUGUGGUCCGUUGUACAACAGUAAUAAGUCUAUGUUCCAAACACUUUUUUCUCUACCACUCUAUAUUGUCUUGUUAUAUCUCUUUCUAGGCACCAUCCAUUAAUAGGUCUAUUAUUAACAACCCUGUUCUGAAAGAUUUCUACAGUUCCAUUUUUCCAAGAUAACUAUGCUUACAAUUAAUAACUGAUAAUUUUGUUAAAAAAAGAUUUAUAUUACAUUCAGGAUACCUAGCCCCUCUCUCUUUUCUAUAAUUAUGUAUUUACUUAUGCAAAUUAAAAUAUUUGUAAAUUACAAAUUAAAUUAAAACCUAUGUAAAUAAUUUUUAUUAGCUGUAUUUAAUUUUUAAAUAUAAUUAAUGUUAUAGAUAAACCUAAAGUCCGUACUCCAUCACCACCUCCGCCAACAUCGUCAUCAGGUGCCGCUAGUGAAGAUGAUGAUGAUUAUAAUGAGGCUAGGUAUAGAGAAAGAAAAAUACCAAGAAUGCGUAUGUAUGCAGAUGAUGAGACACAGGUUAUUGUGAGGAAACGUUUGAACUCUAGUUCAAAUUCAAGGUUAGAUUUUCAUUAAUAAAUUAAACAAUAUAAUUUUAAAACUACACAUUUUUUUUAAUACUUUCUCAUUAGACAUCAAGUAAAUAUAGCCAAUGAUUUACGCGAACGUUUAAAUGGACGUUUAGUAUCUGCAAAAGUAGCUAAAGCAAUUCGAGCUGCUAAAGCAAAUCAGCAUGUUGAUGAUGAGCCAUUUGAAGUAGACGUGGAAGAUGUUAAGGAAGAGGAAUGUAUAGAUAUUCCAUUUAGCCGUGCAACACGUCGAGAUAUUCCACGUCGCCAGUAUUUACAUGAAGAUGAUGAUGAUUAUACUAGUGAUGAAGAUGUAUAUGAGAAACCACACAUAAAGAGUAGACUAGGACCUCACAGAAAAUACGGUUACCGUUAUAAUUCUCGUUCUGUGUCUCCACUUCAAAUACAAAUCAAUAAUGACAAAUACUAUAAACGUACUAAUCGGCGUUGAAAUGCAGGUUUAUUAAUAAACUUUAAGAUUCAACUGACUUAAUAUUCAGAUUUUGAAAAUCUUUUUAAUAACUAUUUUAUAAUUAAAAUUAUAUUAAUCAUUUUUCUCUUUACGUACUUUUACAACCAUUUAGUUUUCUAAUUAAAUGAUGUAGAAUAAAAACACAAUUAUUUGUAAAAUUGUGUGUACCUAUUGUGUUGUGACAAUUCCUAAAUGCUUGUUAAAAAAUUGUGCAUCACUUUUUCAUUGAUUCCAUUAAGAUCUACUUUUAGAAAAAUAUAUUAUACUUUUAUUUAUAAUUAUGAGUUAUGUACCAUUAUCAUAUUUUACAUAGAAUUUUGAUCUUAUAAUUAGCCUGGUUCGUAUAUUUAUUAAUGUAUCAGUAUUAGUAUCGUAGAAUUUUUAAUAUUUGAUUUAUCAACAAUAUUAGUUUUUCCAAUAUGCAAUUCACAUUUUAUUUGACUGUACUCUUUUACAGGAGUGUCAAAUUGUUCAGAUGUAAUCUGGGUUAUGUUGACCGAUGAGAAGUUGGCGUAGCUUGCAAAUUAUAUAUUUUUUGCUGAUAAACCAAUUAUUAGUGAUAAUAAAGUGAACAAAUAAAGUCAUCCAUGACAGUAACCAUUUUUUGUAUUUUAUUUUUUCUGUAUGUAACAAUUAGCUAGUGGCUGUGGGUUGAAAGGUACCCUUGUUUUUAAGCAAACUAGUUGUGUAAUAAAUAUGUUUACAUGCACGAACACACCGUUUUUAAUAUUAUACAAUGCAAUUUCUAUUUGCUUUUGUUAUCAUUAAUCAUAUCUUAGAUAACAGUUUAAAUAUUAGCCAAUUAGAAUUAAUGAAUAAAUUACGUACAUUUAUUUGCUCAAUAUUUAUGUAGGAUUUUUAUUAAGUUCAAAGUAGGUACAUCUAAAUGAUUCAGUAAUUUAUCUAGCAAUUCAAGACAACAAAAAUAAUUAACAAAGUAAUUUUAUUUAAAAAAGAUUACUUCGUGUAAUGUUAGAAAAUGUUACUAAUGGAACACUUUUAUACUCUAGUUUAGACUGUUUGUUAUCAUAUUAAAUUAAAGGUUAUGUUUUUUAUAGAUAUUUAAUUAUUUCAC